GCCUGUGGCUUGAGCAGCCGUCGGCCGCUAGGGGCUCUGCAGAGGCCCCUCUGCCAGACCUCAUUGCAGAGCUGGUGCGGCUCGGCCGGCAGCAACAUGAGCUUCUCCGAGGCGCGCUCCGUCAUCCCGCUCCUUCUCCUCCUGGCCGGCUUCUGCCUCUCGGAUGCCGCGAAGACUCCAGCUCCUGCCACCAUGACAGAAACUACCAGCCAGCAAACUACAGUGAACAUUUCAGGCAGCACAGGAUCAGAAUAUGCAACACAUAUCACAGGUCCAUCUAAAACUACAGAAGAUGCCAAGGAACUGACGGAGAAAAUCCCUGUUUUAGCAGAAAUGAAAUAUAAUAUCACCCUAAAAGAAUUUUCUACUGAAGUGAAAAACAUCACAUUAGGGCAGCCGACUGUCCUUGAACUACUAUGCCUCUUGGACAUUAACCCUUUGCCGGACAAGGCAACAAUUGAGGUCACGUGGAGGAUGGGUAAUACAACAAUCAGAGAUGACAAUGCCACCAAGGACGAACACCAAAAUAUUUGGAGCACUCAGUAUAUGGCAGAGAUCAAAAACAGAACCCAACUGGGGAAUUAUGCAUGUAUCUUCAAAACUAAGGAAAAAGCUGAAGGCAUAUUUGAUGUCCAAGUGCCUGAAAUAGGAGGAAAAUCCAAGAGCUUAAUUAGUUAUGAAGGUGAUUCCGUGGUCAUGUCAUGUGACAGUGGCAAAUACGUUCCCUUGGACUGGGUCUGGUAUACAAUGAAUGGAAGUGAACAGGUUUUUAUUAAUGACACUCUGAGACCAGAAAAAUACCAAGUCUCUCCAAAAAAUCUCAAUAUAACAAAACUGAAGGUGCUGGGCCUCACGGAGAAUGAUGGAGGUUUUUACUGGUGUGAAGCUAUAUUUUUGCAACUAGGUGAAAGCAGAGGAAAAGCAUCCCUUAAAGUUUUGACCUACAUGGCACCUCUCAAACCAUUCCUUGCAAUAGCCGCCGAAGUCAUUAUUCUAGUAGCUCUUAUUUUCAUCUAUGAAAUAUACACCAGAAAGAAAGAACCAGUGGCUGAAGGUGAAAAGGAAUUUGAACAAACAGAACAACUAAAAUCAGAGGAUAGCAAUGGUGUGGAAAACAGUACUGCUAGACACAGGAAAGUUUAAGUGCCUUGUGAGAAGCUGGUAAGUCCAAGGCAGGACAAAGGAACCAGAUUCACCAUGUAAGAAAACUAUGGGGAAAUGUAUUCAGCGAAGCCAUUGAUAAUUGGCAUCUGGUGACAGCCUUUUA